CUAGACAUGGAUCACACCUUCAAUAUUGAACUUGAAAAUGCCCAGCACUUAAAACUGGUUGUGUUUAGUUGGGACCCAACCCCAAAGAGGAACAGAGUCUGUUGCCAUGGCACUGUGGUCCUGCCUGCACUUUUUAGGGUGACCAAAACCCACCAGCUGGCUGUUAAGUUGGAACCCCGUGGUUUGAUCUACGUGAAACUGACUCUCAUGGAGCAGUGGGAGAACUCUUCAGAUCGCCUUGGUGUAGACCGUGACCCUGUGGUAUUUGGGGUGGAUGCUCGACAGGUUGUCGAAAAGGAGAACACGGGAUCGAUGGUCCCACUUCUCAUGGAGAAGUGCAUCAUGGAGAUUGAAAAGAGAGGCUGUCAGGUCGUAGGAUUAUACCGGCUCUGUGGAUCAGCAGCGGUGAAGAAAGAACUGAGAGAGGCAUUUGAG